ACGAUUUCGCCAAAAAUGACGAUGGCAAAAUUGAGGCCGGGGAGAUGUUGGAUGGGUUAGAACGUCACAAAAAAGAAGGAAGAGUACCAGGGAACCAUGACGUUGUGUACCUUAUGACCGGGCUUGAUAUGAUCACUUUUAAACGUGGAAAACUGAACAAGGGUAUUUCAGGACGUGCAUAUUUGAGCAAUGUCUGCCGUGAAAGAGGAAUCGGCGAGGGUGAAGACACGGCCCCUACCUACUCCGGAGUCAAUACGCUAGCCCACGAGUUAGCCCAUUCGUUAGGGUCACCUCAUGACGAAACCCCAGAGUGUCCGUGGGCCGAGGGAUAUCUUAUGAGUUACGUGGACGGAGGACUAAAGAAGUACAAGCUUUCCGCGUGCAGCCAACAGACGAUUAGACAAAAUGUGAAAAAACUUUCGCAAGAAUGCUUUAGUGUCCUGAGCGAGAAGAACUAUAUGACCGACCACAAGAAAUUUCCAGGACAAACAGUGCGAGCGCAGUAUGUCUGCAAGAAGCUAAUAAAGAAACAGGCAAAAGGAAGAAAAGUCUUCGCACAAAAG